AUGCCGGCCACCGUCGCUUCAGGAAGGAUUGCAAAGGUCCGAAAAUCCAAAAAUACAACACCACACCAGAAGAAUCACCGAUGGGAGUCCUUCUCUACCAAGGUCUCCAAGCUCAACUCCCUCGAUCCUUUGCGCAAAGUGCGCCGACAUGACCUCGACGAAGAAGAUCUUUCCGCGACCACCUCCUACUUCCGAAACGGCGUGACAAAAUGGGCAGACCUCAAUAUUUCCAAACACUUCACGAACUUCAAGCGGGAGGUUCUGCCUCUCUGCGAGACCCUGCCUCAGAUCGUCCUUUUCCAGGACAAGAUCAUGGACCUCCUCGCCACAUACAUCAGCGCCCAAGACAAGGAGGCACUUGAGCCACUGCUAGAUCUUUUGACAGCCUUUGCGCAUGAUCUCGGCCUCAAGUUUGAGAAAUAUUACCAGAGAAGCCUGGAGCUACUGGUGGCAAUUGCCCGCAAGCCGCAGGAUGUGGACGUGAUCGAGUGGACGUUUGCUGCGCUGGCAUGGCUGUUCAAAUACCUCUCGAGACUGCUGGUUUCGGACUUGCGGCCUACAUAUGACAUGCUGGCGGGACUACUGGGAAAGACGAAGCACCCGUACCACAUCAACAGGUUCGCUGCAGAGGCCAUGAGCUUCUUGGUCAAAAAGGCUGCCGCGCCUUCACACCGAGAGAACGCACUGCCCCGAAUUGUCGAACAUGUUAGGGACGAUCUGAAAGAUUUGGCGAGGUCGAAGCAAUUCGACAUGUACCGGGAAGGUGUCAUGACGAUGUUCUCCGAGGGCAUGAAGAGUGCCGGUAAUACGCUUCACUCCACAGCACCCUAUAUUUUCCAGGCGGUUCUCAAAGCCGUAUCGACAGACGAGCUCCAGCCUGGUAGCUCCUCAUUCUGGAUUCCUGUCUGCUGCGGCGUUCUCACCAAUGUCAUCCACCAUUCGACUGUUGAUUCGUUCAAAGUCCUCAUCGACCCUCUCCUCGAAUUCAUUUCCACGACUCUCGAUGGCCCAGAAGUCCAGGAGAACCCAUACCGCCUUACAUUGUUCCUCCGACUAUUCGGGAUACUUGCAGGCGUGCGCGAUGGUUCUCGAGUGAGUGAAUGGGGCAUGCUGAUGAAGAUCCUGGUCAAAACUCUCGAGAACCUCUCGAGACGGGGUCAAGAUAUAUCGAGGCUGGCGGGACCGAUCAUAUGGGAAAGCGUGGUGGCCAAUGCGGUCAUUUGCUGGAACCAAGCGCCGAUGGAUGCACUCAUCCCUUCUCUUAACGAGUUCAACAAAACUAUGACUGGAGAACCACUUAUGAGAUGGUACAUUCCGUUCUGCGCUUAUCUCGCCGAGCUUAACGCAGCCAGGUUUCGCAGUCUAUUUCAAAAAUCGUUUCAGAAAUUCAUCGCGGCUCACUGGUCACAAGAUGAAAACGAGGAUCUCCUUUACGUGCUGCUCCCGAGAUUGGUCGAGUGCGGCGCACUGCCCCCAGGGGACCAGAAAGAAGGCUGUCCUAUGCCGCAGUCUUGGCAAGACCAAAUUGUCAGCAGAUUUGAAGAGCUUGGAAACACACCCUUUCCGGAGCGGGUAUCUCAUGGCAAGAAUGCAGAUGUCUGGAGAGAGCAGUGCUUGCCAAGGUAUGCCGCAACCCUCAGAGUUCUCGAGUCGACGAAGAUCCAUCCAUCUAUCAAUGCUAGAAUCGCGGAGUUGCUGCUUAAGAAGCUGAAACUCGCUUUACGGCCAUCUUCCUCACUCGACACAGAGGAGACCCGGUUUAUUGUCACGCAAGGCUUUCUCGCAUACUUGGGGAUGAGUAAAGCAGCCGGGUCUGUCGACAAGUCAUUGCGUCCGCUGCUUCAGGCUGCUGCGCCGAGGUUCUCCAGCAAUGCAGCCUUCAUCGAGGCUCUUCUGGGCUAUGAGAAAGAAAUGAACCGGGUCGAAAAGGAUAGAGGCAGCGAAAGCCCUGUCGCAAUGAACGAUCCAUUCGUCUUGUCGCUCAUCAACAAUUUGGCAAGCUCGUCUCGACCCUUACGGAUGGCAUCUCUGCGGAUGUUUGAAGCUCUCUCUUUCACCCCUGAUCAGGACUCAUGUCUGGCUACCAUGAUCUUGGUGGAGCAGUUGCCCCUCGAUCACCAAAGUCCUCGAGCCAUUGCGGUCCACCUGCGUCGUCUCACUCAAGCAUAUGAGCAUCUGGACGAGGGAUCGUGGCUGCGCCAAGCGGUUCCAGCCUACCUUUUUGGGAUGCUCACGAUCUCUCUGGCUCCUGUCUGGGACGAAGCUGUGGAGGCUCUGAAACAGAUUGCGCAAUCGAAGUCAGCUGGCGAACUCAUUUUCGACCGUGCGUUUGAAUGGCUUCAGAUACCCUCGCCCCGAUGGACUCCGCCCCAGCUGCGUCCCACCGAAUCCAACAAGUACGCAGGCUCCAAUUUUGAAUGCAUGAAUUUCUCGGGGUUGCAGGAGCAGGCUCGAAAAAUCAACGAGGCGAUCGAGGAGCCGUCCGGUGUCCUUCUGAGAGAGUUUGAGCAGCAGCAAACCAUCAUCCCGGCCCACGUUGCAAACGCAAGGGGCAAGGCACUCAAAGUCCUCUCCGCCGCCCCAGCCCUGGCUGAGAAACGUUCGAGAAAGAUUGUGCCGUUCCUACUUUCUCUUGACGAUGCUCAGAGCACUUCCCUGGAAGAGGAAGAUGAGGCUGCGAUCGUUCCAGAAGAUGACUUCUGGUCUCUGCCCGACAGAAAAUCCCUCCUUGGAAUCUUUGCUCAGUUCGGAAACCCGAAAGUGCUGUACAAGAGCCGGGAGGCUUUUGCCACACUGCUUAGCCUUCUGGCGAAUCGCGACAUCGAGGUUCAGAAGGUUGCUCUGAAGGCUGUUCUCACCUGGAAACAAGAGGGCGUCAAGCCUUACAGGGAGAAUCUGGAGUUCCUUCUCGACGAGUCACGUUUCAAGAACGAGUUGACCGUGUUCCUGCAAGGCGAGAAUACGAUUCAACCACAACAUCGAGCCGAGUUGAUGCCCGUUCUGUUGCGGGUGCUCUACGGAAGGGCAACGUCAAAGAAAGGUGCCGCUAGUGGUAGAAAUGGACUUCAUGCGACCAGGCUUGCGAUUAUCAGGAAUUUGUCGAUUCAGGAUAUUGGUGGCUUCCUCGACAUCGCAUUUGGUGAUCUUCAGGGCAUACGCAUUGCAGAUGCGUCAGGUCUCAAGCAAGAUCUUUUCCUCGAAGAGAAAAUCAGUCCCCGCAAACAGGUUGGCUUUCUCAACAUGAUUCAGUCCAUCAUCAACGAACUUGGAACGAGCAUCGAGCAGUACAUGGACGAUCUCGUCAAUGCUGUACUUUACUGCCUGUUCUCGGCAUCUCGUAGCUUGCGUCAAGCAGAGCAACAGGAUGAGGAAGACGACGACGGCAGCGUCGACGAUGACAAGACGAGCAACGCCUCACUUUACAAAGUGGCCAGGACGACAGCGCUAAAGUGUCUCUGCGCUCUUGUAAGGAACAAUCAAAGCUUCGAUUGGGCACCCUAUCAGAACUCAAUAGUCGCCGAAAUUGUGUCCCCUGUAGUCAGCUUGCCCUCGGAGGAAAUGGCGCAAGGUGUGUCGUGGACCUGGAGACUUCUUGAGACGUGGUCCUUGCUACCGCGUACAGCAUGCAUCCUUGCCAUCGAUGACAAGAUCAUGCCCAAGAUUGCUGAUUGCAUUGGUUUUGAGAAGAGCAAGACCGAAGUCAGGAUGUUUGCUCUUGGUAUCAUACAGAAUCUGGUCAAGCUUGCGCAAGCACCGGAGGCCGGAUCAGAAUUCGAUGGCCUCGUCAAAGCAGAGCUUCUUGAUCCUUUCGCAGACAAGCUUCUGAGUGAAAUCGGGGCCUUGCUGCGGGCACGACAGGACAUUGAGAACAGAGUGUUGGAAACUUGUGUCGAUACUGUGGUCGAGCUGUCUUCUGUCGUCGAUGGCUCACGGAACGCAAGAAAUUUGGUCGACAUUUCUACACAUCUCCUGAACCAACCGGCACGGCGUGUCAGUCCCAAAGUCAAGGGGUCGCUGCUCCUCGUUCUGGAGCACUACAUCACCGUCGAUGACAUCCAUAAUGAUUCGGCGCUGAAAAACAGUGUCUACAAGACACUGGCUUCGCUGUUUGGUUUCUUCAAGGACAAGCGCAACAGGGAGUCUCUGUCGAAGGUCUUGUCUGUCUUUGCGACACGGGAACCUGCUGUUGAGGAGGUUGCUCGACUUUGUGCGGACCUGAACUCCUACGUGGCUGAGAGGCUGGACGAGCCUGACUACGACCGUCGUCUCGCUGCCUUCAACGCCGUGUCUCAGAGGCAGACUCCUUUGACGAUUGAUCAAUGGAUGCCGCUACUCCACAACAUGGUUUUCUUCCUCAACCAAGAUGAAGAGUUUGGCAUCCUUUCCUCCAACUCAGUCGACAGCCUGUGCAAAUUCGUCAAUGCUGCGGCUGAGGCAUGGGCAACAGAGAUGCAGGCCCCUUACCUUGAUGUUCUCGGCGAGGUUAUCUUGCCGGCAAUCCAUGCUGGCGUCCGGGAACCCUCAGAGACUGUCCGACGAGAGACUAUAAGAUUGCUUGCUCACUUGGUCACCAGACUCGGAGAGUGGGCGCCGGUAGCUGACCUGGUCGUUUUAGCACCGUUGGCUGAGGAUGACUCUAACAAAGCCUUCUUCGCCAACAUCCUCACGCCUUCCGUGUCGAAACAACUCCAGGCUGUCCAAUUACUCGCAUCGGUCAACGAACGCGCUGAGUUGAGCGGCAAGAACAUCAGCCACAUAUUCCUACCGCUUCUGGAGCACUUCAUAUGGGGUCGUGCCGGCAGUGACGACCACGGACUGGGCGCGCAGGCCGCCGCCGCAAUUGCUAGCCUCGCUGGGUCUCUCGAGUGGUCACAGUAUAGGGCAGUGCUGCGACGGUACAUAUCGUACCUAUCGUCAAGACCUGAAAUGCACAAGCAGGUCAUCCGCUUAUUGGACAAAACUGUUGAGUCCCUGGUCUCAGCUGUCGAUGCUGCCAACGGGGCGCCUAUGGAAGUCGACAACACAGAUGUCCCUGUUGUCGGCUUCAAGCGCCGUCUUUCGCGGACCCUGCCGGCUCAGGAGAAGAUGGCAGAUGAAUUUUCCGCCUACUUCACACCUCCCUUGUUGGAGCACCUCCAUGACAAGAACGAAGAGACUGUCAGCGCAAGGGUGCCAGUUGCUGUGAUAUUGGUCAAGCUCUUGCGACUGCUUCCAGAUAACCUACUCAGCCAACAGCUCCCCAGCGUUCUGACGGACAUAUGCCACAUCCUGAGAAGCAAAUCCUGGGAGGCUCGAGAGAUGUCGCGGACCACACUGGCCAAGAUUGCGUGCAUCCUGGGCGCUCCAUCUUUCGGUUUCAUCCUCAAGGAGCUGCGUGGUGCCUUGAAAAUGGGAACGCAGUUACACGUUUUGUCCUACACGAUGCACACUUUGCUGUUGGCUGUGAUACCCGAAUUCCAACAAGGCGACCUCGACUACUGCUUGGAGUCAAUGGUUGCCGUCAUCAUGGACGAUGUUUUCGGCGUGGCUGGACAAGAAAAGGACGCUGAAGGCUACGUCAGCAAAUUGAAGGAGGUCAAGAGCAGCAAGAGUCAGGACAGCAUGGAGCUCAUCGCCUCGACGGCGUCAAUUACGGCUCUUGUGGAGUUGGUCAAGCCUCUGCAGGCCCUCCUGCUGGAGAAGCUUGACCUUCGUAUGGUCCGUAAGAUCGAUGAGCUGCUCAACAGGAUUGCAUCCGGCCUGCAGAAGAAUCCGGCGUCUGACAGCAGGGAUACUAUGGUGUUCUGUUAUGAGGUUGUGCAAGAGGUGUACAACAGCAGAAAGCCCCGCGCGGAGGCCACCAUUGAUCCAAGACUGAAGCGAUAUCUCGUUCAGCGGGGAGCCAAGAGGGAAGAUCGUGGUGCAGCAAGCAAGCACGCCCACAAGCUCAUGCGCUUUGCCAUUGAUAUACUCAGAUCUGUGCUUCGGAAGCAUGAAAGCCUGCGGACUGCAGGAAAUAUCAGUGGCUUCCUUCCGAUCCUUGGUGAUGCCAUUGUCGCGGGAGAGGAAGAAGUAAAAAUUGCAGCCUUCAAGCUGCUCACGGUCUUGGUGCGAGUGCCGUCUCGGACACCCGAGCUGAACGACCUGUACAAGGUCGCUUCGAAGGAUGCCAUCAAGUGCAUAGCCCAAUCAAUCUCGACGACCACAGAGCUGUCUCAGACCGCCCUCAAGCUCUUAGCCGUCAUCCUUCGAGAGCGUCGCGAGGUCGUCGUCAAGGACGCGGCCAUUGAUACCCUCCUUGGCAAGCUCAAGGACGACCUCACGGAGCCAUUGUAUCGACACGUCACGUUCAACUUCUUACGCUCAGUUCUGGAUCGCAAGAUCGAGACAGCCGUCGUCUACGACACGCUCGACUACGUGGGCACUGUCAUGAUCACCAACGACGACAAGGACACACGUGAUCUGGCCAGGGGUGCAUUCUUCCAGUUCCUGCGAGAGUACCCACAGAAGAAGAGCAGAUGGGCCAAACAGAUCGAGUUCAUUCUCGCGAAUUUCAAGUAUCCCCGUGAGGGAGGUCGCUUGUCUGUCAUGGAGAUUGUCCAUCUGCUCCUUAUGAAAUCCGCAAAUGAUUUUGUCAAGGAGAUUGCUGCGACAUGUUUCUUCCCGCUUGUUUUACUGCUUGGCAAUGAUGACAGUGAACGAUGUAGGCUUGCUGCUGCCGAGCUUAUCAAGGAGAUCUUUCGCAAGGCCGAUCAUGAUCGGCUGCACGAGUUCCUGGCGCGGCUGAGAUCUUGGGUCGAGCAAGAUGGAAAUCUGUCAGUACUGAAGCUUGCCUUCAAGAUCUUCGGGCUCUACUUCGAAGCGAGGGAUCCCAGCGAGAAAGAUAAAAAAGAUCUGAAGCUACUUAUUGGCAAGAUCACUGGUGUUCUCGAAGAUGAGGACAAGGCGGAUUGGGAGCUGGUCAACACGGCCCUGGACCUGAUGCACAUCUUGGUCGACCAGCACCCUGCGAGAAUAUUAUCCAAGGACACCACUGGGCUAUGGAUUGGCGUCUUUGGCUGCAUGUCCCAUGAGCGCCCGGCUGUGAAACUCAACGCCGUCAAGCUACUGUCGAGGUAUCUGACCGACUUCGCCAGCAAUGCUUCGGGAGCAAGCAGAGGGCAAGCAGUCAUCGGUUCUCACGGACAGAAACUGGACCAGGACCAGAUUGCGCAGGUCAUCCGCCUGCUGCUCGGGACCCUGAGGGGUCUUGAGGUUGAUCAAUCACUGGCCCAGGAGAGUCUACAAAUUUUGGUCUUCCUCUCUCGCUUCCUGGAUGACACACCAGCUGCGGGCGACAGUGAUGACGCUUCUGACGAGGAGGAAGACGGGGAGAAUGACUUGAAAGAGCAAGACGAGGAAGAUGCCCAAGAGACACAAGCCACAAACAUGAGCAUGCGCUACAUUUUCUCUCGCCUCGCCGCCACCAUCCGCCGCGAAGUCCCACCGCGGGCCCCAGCACUAGUAAGCAAGCUUGCCGCAAUGGAAGCCCUCGAGGCGUUGGUCACGCAAUCCGACGCGCCCGUCCUCACAGUCUCGGCGCGCACGAUCCUCCGACCCCUCCGCAACCUCACCGACGCCUCCAUACCCGCUCCAUUCUCGACAGACGAGGUCUUCAAGACGCGCUACGAAACGCUCAGGACCAAAGCGCAGGGAAUUAUGGACACACUGCAGACAAAGCUUGGCACUGCCGAGUACACAAAACAGUUGCUGGCGGUCGGUGAGGACAUGCGCGAGAGGAGGAUGGCGAGGUCGAGCAAGAGGAAGGUAGAGGCUGUUACGGCGCCGGAGAAAUGGGGGCGGGAGAAGAAGAGAAAGAUGGAUAGAAAGAAGGAUCGGAGAAAGGAGAGAGGACUGGAGCACCGGAGUGCUAGGAGAGGAUAUUGA